GCCUUGUUUCGCAGUUCCAGUUGGAGCAGAUCUCCGUGGGUUCUUUCGCCAACGAGACGCGGCCCACUCUGCUGUCAGCUCUCCUGCGAACCGGGUCGCAGCUGCUAGCCCCACCCGCUGGAACUGCAAAUUUCACUGAAGAGGUGGCACAAG